UUACAUAACAGCAAAAAGUAAUGGAGGAAAAUCAUGCACAGACAGGAAGGUGCAUAUCUCUUGAUGCAGUGAUAGAUUCACCGAAACGAUAAAAAGGAAGUGAGCUUGAAAUACUAUAAUGUGAUGCACUUUACAGUGUCGUGUUGUUAGGCCACUCCUCUGUGUGCAAGGCUGGAAUACAGCAAGAGAGAUAGUAGAAUGAGGCGACAGACAGUAGAGGGCAAACAAAUGAACGGGAGAAGAAGACAGAGUGAUUUUAAUAUAAGAUCGCGUCAUCAUGUUCGUGAGGUCUUUAUGUAUUGCUGUUGCAGCGCUCCAGCUCCUGCUCCCGAGUGGCGAGGCGCAGGGGACGGGCGAGCAGUGCGAACGCCUGGACGGCACGAUCGGGACUUGUAUGGAGUUGGGCCGCUGCUUGCAAUCCGACGGAAACACGCAGAGUGUCAUCAACCUGAGAUCUUGCGCGACUACCUGGGGGGACAUUAGGCAGACACCCGUGUGUUGCAGAAGCAAUCCUAGGAAGGUGGCAAGAGCGAUGUGUUCCAAGUGGAAUAGUAUAGCCAAUAACUUUGGCAUAUGCGAAGCCACAGAAACGCGAAUCCACAACGGGAUCUUCGCCCAGCUCAACGAAUUCCCUCAUAUGGUCGCACUCGUAGACCGUUUCAGAAACCAACACGCCUUCUGUGGGGGAACUCUCAUUUCAGAGAACUUCGUCUUAACAGCCGCCCAUUGCAUCGAAGGAAAAAAAACCCCGUCUGAAGUAUCCGUCCGCGUCGGUGUCAUCAACCUGCAGGAUGAGGACUCGCAAACCUUCCAGGUGCUGAAGAUCUGGCAGCACCCGCUGUAUAGGCUGCCUUCUUCGUACCAUGACAUCGCUUUGCUCCAGUUGGCGACCAAGUUACAACUGUCGAAGAGCUUGUUGCCUGCCUGCCUGCCGACCCAGAACGGACGCCUGCAGGAGGGGAAAAUGCUCACUGUGGCUGGCUGGGGGAAAACUGAAGUAGGCAAAUUAUCCAACGUGUUACAGAAGGGCUUCGGGAGAACCGUGUCUCGCUUUGCGUGUGACGAUGCACUAGACAAACUGUCUAACAAUAGAGUCUCUUAUAGUGCAGGGAUUACCGACUCCAUCAUCUGUUUAGAUGAAAGUAAUUCUGGCUCUUGCAAGGGUGACAGCGGCGGUCCUCUCACUGAAGAAAAUGUGUCCACGUGUCAACAUAUUGUCCUUGGCAUAGUGUCUAAGGGCUCGCCACACUGUCAGAGAACAACGAUACCUGGAAUUUAUACCAAUGUCGAGCACUACAUCCAAUGGAUUGUUGAUAUCGUUUGGCGCAAUGAAAAUGCGUAAAGGAAAUCCUCGGUACUUUCAAAUUUACUUUGUGAAUAGUUAUAACAGUAUGUUUUAUUGUGAUCUUUAAGAAGAAUGUCACUGUUGUUAAUAAGAGUAAAUCAUAAAAGUGAUAAGUCAAGGUUUGACCAGAAUUAUGCCUUAGAUACUGGGUGAAGAGUGAAAAAUUAAUUUGUGUGGAUGAGCUAAUUAGUGAUUUUAAAGUUUGUAAGAUGUCUGUCAAUUUAACAUUUUCCAAAGAUCGCCUAAUAUAAUAAUCAUAUAAUAUCAGCUUGUGGAUAAUUAUAUACUAAUUAGCAUAGUUUCCACUGUAUCAAACUACAGAUCAGUUUUCUUUCACAGCAUAGUUUACGCUGAAAGUCAUUACUCUCAUUGUUAUUAUUAUAAACGCGUCUUCGUUCCAUUUCAAUCUUGCAAAACCAUACCCUCGUAAUUGUACAUGCACUUUUUAUUCUUCACAUUAUCAGUUUAAUUUUGCCCGCGGCGUGGCUCAGUCGGGAGAGCACCCGGCUACUAACUCAAGUGUCGUAAGUUCAGGCCACCAACGGGCCCUGGGUUGACCUGCCCGAGCCUUGGGUGGGGGCAGUGGUGUGGGAGUUUGAGCCGAUCACGCAGAGAGCCUCACGGCGAUCCUUAGAAUCUCUGCACCAGGUGGGCGACACCAUGCGCCUUGCUAUCAUUGUUCUGAACCAUAAUAUAUAUUUUGUAAAGGCAGCCACAUUGAUGAUCAUGGUUAUUAAUGGCGCCAAUCACAACAUACUGUAGGUACCGUACAAAGACAUAUAGAGAUAUAAUCAGCAGAUGUGUAUACCUUGCUGUUAAGAGUAUUUUAGUUAUUCAUGUUUAGAUUAUUAAUGGAUCCCAAUUAUAUUUCUUUUAUAAACCCCUGCGGACUUUUCAGUAAAAUAAAAUAUCAGAUAUCCAA